AUGGACUCAACACACUACAACCCGAGAGAUAGCCCUUUUGUUACAAUUCUCGAUGUCCCUAAAUUCGGAACACUUUACUACAAGAUUGGAGAAGACAAUCCCACAGAAAGUCGGAGCACUUCCGAAGUUGUGGACCUAGCCGUGACAAUUAUGGGAAACCGCUUUUACAACCUCGAUCGGAAAAGGGAUGGCAAGGACGUGAAUCCUGACUCUGAACUAAAACAGAAGUUCUGUCAGGUCAUUGCAAUGAUCAAAGACAAAAUUCCCAGGGAGAAACUUUUCGUGUCACUUAAAGUUCAAGUACCGGAACAGGAAGCCCUAGAGGCGGGGGAGAAAUCCCAAGAGGCGGAGGAGAAAUCCCAAGAGGCGAAGGCGAAAGUCGUGACACUUGAAGUCCAAGACUCGAAGGAGAAAGCUAAAAUCCUCGAAAAGAAAGUCCUUAAGUUCUUGAAUAAGUUCUUGACUGAGUCCUUGGCCUCAAUGAAGCUCGAAAGCGUAGACCUUCCACAAUCAGAAGAGUACAUGGCCAUUCGAGUUGGUGACAAUGGACACGGCAAAUGUCCUCACUGCGCUGCACGGGAAAUCAUGGCCAAGUACAAUGAUUCUCGCCUGGCAUAUGGCGCAUGA